AUGAACACUGUCGAACAAGCAUACACCCAUCUGUCGUGUGAGCUCCUGCAGUCGACUACCAAGCUUAUUUUGCCAGUGACUAGCUUGGUCGGCUUUUUUCUUCUCGGCCUCAUCAUCCAUCGGUAUAUCAAAUAUCGUCGGAGACAAGCAUACAUUCCUAUCUCCGAAUUCAAAGAGCAAGACUUCUGGCUCCAGUCUAUCACCAUGGAAAAAGGAAAAAUCGUCUCACCGGGCUUGCUCGCUCCAUCUGCAUGCGAUAUUCUACAACCUUUAUCGCAUACAAGCCUUCUCCCAAGCAGUGGAACUCUCGCUGCACAGGCCAGACAACUGCAAAGCGAGGGAUCCGCCAUCGAGGCGAGCAGUCCUGCAUUUCCACAGGCUUCUUUGCCUGCAUCAGGCGAAGAGGUACAAAAGCGCAAUGAAUCGGUCCAACAAAUGAGUGAGGAGGAUGUCGAGGGAGGGCGUACUUGGAAGCGGGUUGUUGUUGAAUACAGCUAG